UCACAGCCUCAUUCAUGGUCACAAGCCACUUAGCACUGAGUCUUGCAAUUGAAGUUGAAGUCUUGCCCUUCUCUCUUCAACUCCAAACACAAGACAUCAUCAUCCAUGGCUGCCUCCGUCUCCACUGUCGGAGCUGUCAACAGAGCUCUUUUGAACCUGAAUGGGUCUGGAGCUGGGGUUUCAGCUCCCAGUUCAUCCUUCUUUGGGAGCAGCUUGAAGAAGGUUAUUGGCUCAAGGGUCCCCAACACAAAGAUUUCCUCUGGAAGCUUCAAGAUUGUUGCUGUAGAAGAGAAGAAAGAGAUUGAAGAGACCCAGCAGACCGACAAGGACAGAUGGAAGGGUCUUGCCUAUGAUAUCUCAGACGACCAACAGGACAUCACAAGAGGAAAGGGUUUGGUUGACUCCCUUUUCCAAGCUCCACAGGAUGCUGGAACUCACUAUGCUGUCAUGAGCUCCUACGAGUACCUUAGCACUGGACUUCGCCAGUACUUGGACAACAACAUGGAUGGAUUUUACAUUGCUCCAGCUUUUAUGGACAAACUUGUUGUUCACAUUACCAAGAACUUCAUGACCCUGCCCAACAUCAAGGUUCCUCUCAUUCUUGGUAUCUGGGGAGGCAAGGGACAAGGAAAAUCUUUCCAAUGUGAGCUUGUCUUUGCCAAGAUGGGAAUCAACCCCAUCAUGAUGAGUGCUGGAGAGUUGGAAAGUGGAAAUGCAGGAGAGCCUGCAAAACUGAUCAGGCAGAGAUACCGUGAAGCCGCAGACUUGAUCAAGAAGGGAAAGAUGUGUGCUCUCUUCAUCAACGAUCUUGAUGCAGGAGCUGGUCGUCUUGGUGGAACCACCCAAUACACUGUCAACAACCAGAUGGUGAAUGCCACCCUCAUGAACAUUGCUGAUAACCCCACCAAUGUGCAGCUUCCUGGUAUGUAUAACAAGGAAGAGAAUCCCCGUGUGCCCAUCAUCGUCACCGGUAACGAUUUCUCCACACUCUAUGCGCCUCUCAUCCGUGAUGGGCGUAUGGAGAAGUUCUACUGGGCACCAACAAGGGAUGACCGCAUUGGUGUCUGCACUGGAAUUUUUCGCACCGAUUCAAUUCCUGAACAGGACGUUGUCAAGAUUGUUGACACCUUCCCUGGCCAAUCCAUUGAUUUCUUUGGUGCACUGAGGGCCAGAGUAUAUGAUGAUGAAGUGAGGAAGUGGAUUUCUGGUGUUGGUGUUGACGGCAUUGGGAAGAAGCUUGUGAACUCAAAAGAUGGACCUCCAACCUUUGAGCAGCCCAAGAUGACUCUGGAGAAGCUCUUGACGUAUGGUAACAUGCUUGUCCAAGAACAAGAGAAUGUCAAGAGAGUCCAAUUGGCUGACAAGUACUUGAACGAGGCUGCACUUGGAAAUGCUAACGAGGAUGCUAUUAACAGGGGAACUUUCUUCCAAUCUUGAAUUGGAGGCAAAGCAAACUUGGCAAGUAAAUAUUUCUGUUCCUGAAGGUUGUGCUGAUCCAAGUGCUAGAAGUUGUGAUGGGACUUGCGUGUAACAUUCUUAGAAUUCUCAAUGUCUUAGGUGCAAAGAGAAGAUGCCAAGUUUGAGAUGAUUUUACUAUAUUUUUCAUAUUGGACUGUCUUCCUCUAUAAUUUUGAGUUAAAGUGUCCACUUAAAUUGAAUUUGGUGCCUUUCCCUUUUGUCCUA